GGCUUCUGAUGACAGAUGCACGUUUUCCCACAUUGACUUCCCGCUUUGAACAGGAUCGCACAAUGGCUGUUUUCUUAAUGAGGUUAUAUGCAGCUUAUUUAUGUCGCAUAGCUGCUGAAAUUAUUUACAACGUACCUGGGUGUAUCAUCUCGCCAGUGCAUGACACAUUUGGCUGGUUUUACUGUCGUUUCAGUAGUUCAGGCACCUAUGCUUGUAUGAGUCCCGGGUGAGGGAUUAGUGCUUCGCGUGAAUAUUUUGAUCACAACGCAAAUUAAGUGUAAGAGAAGCCUCUCUGAGUGAAGCCGCGAUGUUCCUAAAUCCCCGCCAUCUGCCGUGAGCAGGUCAUGGACUCCGUGUCCAGUCACAGCUCAUACCUCCUCCAGCAGCUGCAGGAGCAGCGUAUCCAGGGCCUGCUGUGUGACUGCAUGCUGGUGGUGAAAGGCGUGUGUUUCAAGGCCCACAAGAAUGUCCUGGCUGCCUUCAGUUCCUACUUCAGGUCCUUGUUCCAGAACUCCCCCGGUCAGAAGAACGAUGUUUUCCACCUUGUCAUUCAAGAUGUGAGUGGUAUCGGGCAGAUCUUGGACUACAUGUACACCUCGCACCUGGAGGUGAACCAGGACAACGUGCAGGCGCUGCUGGACAUCGCCCAGUGCCUCCAGGUGCCCAACAUCCUGAGCCUGUGUAAUGGCUUCUUGAAGCCAUGUGUUCCUGCCAGCGAGCCGUCCUUCACGUUACCGGGCACGCUGACCUCUGACCCCGAAUGCGUGCUGACGUCGGGCAUACCCCCAGACGGUGACCCCCAUGGCCCAACCUCUGAGGUUCUCCACAAGCUGUCCUGCAGCAACCCGGACCUGGAGCUCCCCCGGAGGCUGCCUACCUUUGAGGCCCCUGGGGGCACAUCCUGCACUCCAGAGAAGCAGCUAAAUCACAGGUACAAGCUACGCAACCUUUACAGUAAGCAGUACUUCAAACAGAGCACCUCCCUGAGUGGGAACUCGACACUGGCCUCCAGCCCCCUGGUUGUGGUGGAGGAACCCUUCCCUCCAACCAUUACAGAGGCUGGAGCUCCUCCAGAUGUUGGCGCAUGUCCGGGGGCUGAUCAGGCUUCGGCUCCGGCUCCGGCCAUCCUGGCUGAUGUGGAAUUUGCGACCCCCUGCAAGGAAACUUCAGCCAGGCAGGCAAGUCCAGCGGGGAAAGGGUCUCCGGUGAGCAGGCAGCUCCGGCCCAAGAAGACCGUCUACCUGAAGAAAUACAACUACUUGAGGUCUCAGAAGGCCCUGGAAGACAUGGCGGGGGGUGAUGACGACAUCCCGGGGACUUGUCACGCAGAGACCAGCCAUGGGGAGACUCCAGGCAGCCCAGCAAACCCCUCUGUCACUGGCGAGGCAGUGGAGGCAGAGCCAGAGCCUGAGCUUGCAGCAGGUAUCCAAGCCCCUAGUCCCCCAUCAGCUAAUCCAGAGGAGGCUCACCAGAAGACCUCCAGCGAUGCAGUACAGCAGACUCAGGUGAAGCAGUACUGCUGUGAGAUGUGUGGCAAAACCUUCAAGCACCCCAGUAACCUGGAGCUCCACAAACGCUCACACACAGGUGAGAAGCCUUUCCAGUGCAACAUUUGUGGAAAGAACUUCUCUCAGGCUGGAAAUCUGCAGACCCAUCUGCGUCGACAUUCGGGGGAGAAGCCGUACAUCUGUGAGAUCUGUGGGAAAAGUUUUGCGGCCUCUGGGGAUGUUCAGCGCCACAUUGCGAUCCACACUGGAGAAAGGCCUCACUUGUGUGAUAUCUGCGGGCGAGGCUUCAGCAACUUCAGUAACCUGAAAGAGCACAAGAAGACCCACACAACCGACAAGGUGUUCACGUGCGACCAGUGUGGCAAGUCUUUCAAUAUGCAGAGGAAACUACUGAAGCACCGGGUGCGGCACUCCGGGGAGAGACCCUACAGCUGCCAGACUUGUGGUAAGAGCUUUGCUGGGUCAGGUGACCUACGGAGGCAUGUAUGGACGCACACAGGAGAGAGACCAUACACCUGCGACACCUGUGGGAAGUGCUUCACCCGCUCCGCUGUGCUCAGGCGUCACCGUGGCACACACUGCCGGACCGGGGCCCAGAGCCCGGCUGGAGAUGAAUCAGAGCCAGAUAAGGGCAAGGGCGCACAGGAUACGGAGCCAUUCUCUGGCCUGCUGCCCCCUGGGCCUGACAAGCCACCUCCCCCUCACAGCAAUGCCCCACCCACUGUUACCCUCAGUCCCUCCUCCUCGACAUCCUUCUCAGAGCUGCGGUCUAUGGGUCCUCACCACCUGAUCCCCUGUCAGCAGGAGAUGUGCACCCAACCGGACCCGAUGAAAAUCCAUAAAGCUCACCUCCAUCACGACUCCUUCAACUACGCUGAGGAGAACAGCCAGGCAGGGGAGGAGACCCUUCAGGGACCAGGGGUCUCCAUGAUGCGUCCUACAAUGUCGGUAUUGGACAAUCACUGUGGGCACCCACUAGGCAACCGGUCCAACAGCACCCCCUAUAGGAACAAUGAGGGACCAUUCUUCUCCAGCGUUACACUUUGGGGUCUGGCCAUGAAGACCCUGCAGAAUGACAAUGACAUGGAACAGUGAUCCCUGUCAGAUCCCAUAGACACAAAUUUGCACCAUUUAUAAGGCUUAUUUUUAUAUGUGAAUUUCAUCAUAGAGAGAAAAUUGCUUUUUUUUUUUUGGAUGACAUAAAUAUGUAAAUAGAGAUUUAUUAGUCACACUUGUGGAAAUAAAUUAU